CCCAUUGGUUAGUUGUUGACCGGAAGUAGACUGUGACAUACUCUUUUUCUCUUUGCUCCGUGGCAUUUUGCAACACCGACUGCCUGCCGCGGCUGGGUUUACACUAGACCCACGGCUGUAAGCACAGGAGGAAUGGACAAAGACGGAAUUAGGUGAUUAUCUCAUGGAUUUACACAGAACAAAUGUAAUAAGAUACUAAUAGGUUGGAGCCAGGAAUCAGGACCUUCCCAGUAAAAUGGCCCUUCCAAACUUCUAAGACGAUGUGCAGGAGCACAUUGUAGGUAAUGUGAUCAGAGGGGAAAGGGAAUGCAGACUUGCCAGCUAUAGCUUGUAUGUGAGUGUAAUGCCCAGGCGGGGGUUGACGCUCCAGGGCCGGGUUCGCUGGCUCUUCCUGGGCUUGUUCCUGCUGCUGGUGCUGCUGCUGUUUGCGUACCUGCUGGAGUGCACGCCUCCAGCAGACGUCAGCCUGGCGCUGCCCGGCCCAGCAGGGGAGAGCUAUGGGAAGGAGUACUACCAGGCCCUGCUGCAGGAACAGGAGGAGCGCCACCUAAACCGCGCCGCCAGUCUCAAACGCCAGAUUGCCCAGCUCAAGCAGGAGCUGCAGGAAAUGGGUGAGAAGCUAAAGGUCCUGCAGGACAAGAAGGAGCUCCCUGGGGUGCAGGGCCUGGCUGAGACUAAAGACCAAGAGCCGGGAGAUCUGCUGGAGUACUUGCACUCUCAGAUCGACAAGGCUGAGGUCAACACGGGGGCACGCCUCCCCAGCGAGUACGCCCUGGUGCCCUUUGAGAGUUUCACCUCGUCCAAGGUAUACCAGCUGGAGAUGGGGCUGACGCGGCACCCAGAGGAGAAACCUGUCCGCAAAGACCGCAGGGAUGAGCUGGUGGAGGUCGUGGAGGCUGCGCUGGACAUCAUCAACAACCCUGAUGAGGAGGACGGUGUGGAGGAAGACAUGCCGAUGCAGAGACAAACCUACACAGAGGGUCACUUUACAGAAGGACUGUACAGGACCGAGCGAGACAAAGGGACGCUUUACGAGCUCUUCUUCGCCAAAGAGGAUUCCAGCAGCUUCCGCCAUGUCACACUCUUCAGACCUUUUGGUCCCUUAAUGAAAGUCAGGAGCACAUCUGUAGAAACAUCAGCAAUGAUUAUUAACAUCAUUGUGCCGCUGGCGGGCAGAAUAGAAACCUUCUCACAGUUCUUACACAAUUUCAGGGAGGUGUGCAUACAGCAGGACAGACAAAUACAUCUCACGGUGGUGUAUUUUGGGCCGGAAGGCCUACAGGAGGUGAAGUCCUCUUUGGAAAAAAUGUCAAGUGAGGAGAGCUUCUCCAAUUACACUCUGAUCCCAGUGGACGAGGAGUUUUCCCGAGGUCGGGGUCUGGACAUCGGAGCCCAUGCCUGGAAGAAAGGCGACGUCUUAAUGUUUUUUUGUGACGUUGACAUCCAUUUCACCCUCGAGUUCCUUAACACCUGUCGUCUCCACGCGGCUCCCAAUAAGAAAGUCUUCUAUCCAGUGGUGUUCAGUCUGUACAAUCCUGCCAUAGUCUAUGGAAAUUUGGAGCUGGCUCCACCUACUGAACUGCAACUGAUUCAUAAAAAAGACGCUGGAUUCUGGAGAGAUUUUGGCUUUGGAAUGACGUGUCAGUAUCGUUCUGACUUCCUAAAUAUCGGUGGGUUCGAUCUUGAAGUCAAAGGCUGGGGCGUGGAAGACGUCCACUUGUACAGGAAGUAUCUGAGGAGCGAAGUGAUAGUGAUCCGGACGCCGGUGUCCGGUCUCUUCCACCUGUGGCACGAGAAGCAGUGUGCAGACGAGCUGACGCCAGAGCAGUACCGCAUGUGCAUCCAGUCCAAAGCCAUGAACGAGGCCUCCCACUCUCACCUGGGCAUGCUGGUCUUCCGUGACGAGAUCGAGGCUCACCUACGCAAGCAGGCCUUCAAGACUCAGAGCAAAACAGAGGACUGAGCAAGCCUCUACAUACCCAUCACCAUUCCAACGUUAGGGCGCAAGGUGCUGACUUAUUAUCGCACUACAGUAAAAGACACGUUUACAUGGAUCCUUCUGCAUUUCACUGCACAGCUGUAGACAAAUGAAUGUACAAAAACGGACAUUGAUCAAUGUGAACCGUCACAACAUGGUACAACAGCUGCAUCAAACAUAGAUAAACAAUCCCAUUGGUAAUAUUUAACCUGCGGAAGGACAACUAACCUGUAAUAUCUCUUGGAUUUAGGUCGACAUCGUAUGUUAAGUAUUGGAAUUAAUUCAGUAAGCGUGCCGUUAUUUGGAAAACAGCCAUCCUACCGGCUUCAAACACACAGCCCCUGACCUGAGCAACCCGUUUAUUCUCCACUUAUACCUUCUGCUCAACUACAUUCCACUGCUCAGAGUGACCAUAGCCGUGUGAUUCUCUGCAUCCCAAAAAAAUAUCAAACCAGAUCAAAUACAAGCAGCUGUAAUUGUGUAGAGGCGCGUUUUAACAAAAAGAAAGCAAUUACUAAAAGCUUACAAGCCCAACUAUUUAUUUACUGUCGACGAAAGGCAAUAUAAGGUGCACUUUGUUAAAAUAGAGGUUAGAAAAUGCAAGUUGACCGCACAGAAACCAAGACAUUUCUACUGAUUCCCAGCCUUCUGCCAGUUGAGGAUCAAAGCAAUUUACAAUCUUUGCUUUAAAAGUAUAUUGGCAGUUGUGCGUCUGUGUGGAGAUGUUCUGUUAGUAUUAUAUUUAUCGGUUGUUACAGACUGGUUUAAAAAGGGAACUUUUUUGUGUUUUACGUGACAAUUGGUCACUAUCUUCCUUUCCUGAUGACGGCUUCCAAGUGAUCAGUUUAACAGAAGCAUGUUAAAUAGUUAAGAGCCAGGAGCAUGCAGUGCUAUAUUAGGUCUAUGUGGACCAGUGCUAUUGUCUAAAACCAUUGUAUUACAUUAUUAAGAUUUGUCAUUUAUGCCCAGUGAGAAUGACUCACAUUAUGAUUCCCAAUACUGGACUGAAUUUGAAUGUUACAGCCCACACUUGUACAUAUUUUUCUAAUAUUUCUUUGUUUUACACUUGUGAGUUGAAUGCUUUUGUGCCUACAUGCUAAACGUGACAUGAAACGUUUUUAGAAAUUGUAUUCCGUCUCAUAAUGAGAGGAUGCUGUUCAGUCCCAGAGGUCAGAGGCGUGAUGUUCCAGUACUGUCAAAACGAAACAGGUUGUUCUUGCACCUCAUCCUGUAAUCCUUUUUAAUCAAUGUCUUUGCUAAUAUUACAGCUUUUUGUAGAUAGUCUUACAGUGUCCUCACCCUGCCAGAGAAAUGUUACAUUCUAACAGAAAGAACCCAUCCAAGGAAAUGAUUUAUUUUGAAACGUUGGCUAUUAAAUAAAACUUACAGAAGGCUGCAUUAACUGCU